CAAAUACAAUAUAGACUUAUCCCCCCAGUUCAAAAUAUGGGCUCCUUCAGGUCAAUCUCCAUUUUAUUUUUCAUUUUUUCUCUUGCUUCCCUUUUCUUCCACUACACCAGCGCAGCCACGUUCAUAAUUCGUAACAAUUGUCCCUACCCAGUCUGGGCUGCAGCUGUCCCUGGUGGCGGCAUGCGGCUCAACAACGGCCAAACUUGGACCAUCAACCCUAGUGCGGGCACUAAAGGAGCCCGAAUUUGGGCUCGAACAGGUUGCAACUUUGAUGGCUCCGGUCGCGGUAAAUGUCAAACAGGAGACUGCAAUGGAUUACUAUCGUGUCAAGCCUAUGGUACACCACCUAACACCCUAGCUGAAUAUGCCCUCAACCAAUAUAAUAACUUGGACUUCUUUGAUAUAUCCCUUGUUGAUGGGUUUAAUGUGCCGAUGGAAUUUAGUCCCAAUUCCGGUGGGUGCACCCGCGGAAUCCGCUGCACUGCUGACAUCAAUGGCCAAUGUCCGAAUCAGCUGAAGGCACCCGGCGGUUGCAACAACCCUUGCACGGUGUUCAAGACUGAUCAAUAUUGUUGCAACUCAGGAAGCUGUGGGCCAACGAUGUUUUCUAAGUUUUUUAAGGACAAGUGCCCUGAUGCAUAUAGUUAUCCUAAAGAUGAUCAGACUAGCACAUUUACUUGUCCUGGAGGAACCAAUUAUCGAGUGGUCUUUUGCCCUUGAAGCAGAAACACUUUCAAUAAAUAAUUGAAAAAAAAUGCUCGAGUUCUGUAGAAGAACUCAACUUGGCUGCCAUCAAGUGCAAAUGCUGUAUGAUUUUCAGAUAUGUAUUACAAUAACUAUUAUGAACUAGUACCCUUUCUUCUAUAGAAAGUAACCUCUUCUCUGUUUGAAAGAGGAAAAAUAAUUUACUUGCUAUCCAUUAUCUCGUGUUGGAUUCAGGAUUGGGAAAGACUUUGCUCCCAAAUGUGUCAUUUCUUUUACCGAGAAUGAUAAUUAUGAAAAAAAUA